UGCAUGAUGUUUUGUUGAAAACUGCCUGAGAAGCGGUGUUUUUGCUAUUUUCUUAGCCCACUGUUAUAUUUGCCUCGACUAUUACAGGGAAACUUGUACUUCUGUUAAACUUGUUGAUUUUUUUUUUUUUCAGAAGACCGAUUAUUCAUUUAUUUUUUAUUUCCCUUAACUCGGGUUUCAGCGAUGUUCCAACAGACCUUCAAGAAUUUCAACAUCAAUUACAACUCUCUGAAUGAAAAUAAUACUUUCUCCAGCGGCGAUCAAAUAACAGGACACAUCUCCUUCGAUCUCACAAAGCAGACGAAGAUCACUUCAAUAGCCAUGACGCUGACAGGAAAGGCGAGUGUCCACUGGUCCUCCGGAGGACACGGGGGAGGAAGGCGGAGAAGAAGUCGGCGAAGACAUUUCUCAGCAAAACUGGAAUUUUUCAACUUAAGAAACGUCCUCAUUCAAGAACAAAGCGUUACUGGUAGGGCGGCAAUGCUCCAGCCUGGCACGCAUGUGUAUCCAUUUAUGUGUCAGCUGCCACAGGGAAACUUCCCAUCUACCUUCCAUGGGGUUCAUGGAAAAAUAGAGUACACCUUGACAGUUGGCAUCAGCAGACCCUGGCACCUGUCCAAGGACUUUGUCACAGAGCUGACCUUUGUAAAACACAUUGAUACCAACCAGCCAGAUCUGCGGGCUCCCCUCUCAGGCACUAACCAGACCACACUGUGCUGCCUGUGGUGUGCCUCGCAGCCUAUCACAGUGACAGCCAGUGUAGAGAAGAAAGCCUUCGUUCCUGGUGAAAUUGUGAAAGUAAUUUGCGAGUUUAGUAAUGGUUCGUCUCAAACAGCCACUCUGAAGGUGAGGCUGCAGCAGAAGCAAGCUUUCUACACCCACAACAAGGUCAACAGGAGGGUGGUUAUGAAGAAUUUGGCGUCAGUGUCCAGACAGCCCAUCAGCGCUCACGCCUCUGACGUGCACACUGAGAUCAUGCUCACUAUUCCCCCAACUGCAUCGCACACCAUCUCCAACUGCAGCAUCCUGGUCGUUGAUUAUUUGAUUGAGGUGACCCUUAGCUCCUGUGCUUUCCCUGACCUCACAGUUCUGUGUCCCAUCAUCCUGUGUGAUACCCCUGUACACAGUCAGCCCCCUGCUUAUUUGUGAGUGCAUUUGUCAAUAUCUUGAAUUUCUUCAAACAUGUCUAAUGAAAUGACAACAUACUGUUGUCUCACUGACUUUCUACUGGAAGAGCCUUACAGUAUUUCUCAGGGUUUUUGUAUCAGAUGAUCAUCUGAUGACCUUUGCCACUGACCUUUGCAACUAAGUGUUACAUUUUUACUACUCAGUGUUUGCUUUGAAAUAUAACUUUUGUAACUUUUUUUUUGUAUGUAAAAAAAAAUCUCACUUCAUGUCGACAUGGCUGGAAAGUGGUGGUGAAACUGAGAUCAGUCAACUUUGUUAUGAAGCUCAGUGUGUGUGCUGCCUCUUUACCUUUGGGUAUUCAAUGUUGGAAUCACAUGAAUUUGGUUUAGUGUAGCAAACUUUCAGAAACCCAACUAUUUUUUUAGGAUAUCUCUUUUUCUCACGUCGGCAAACUUCUGCCCACAAAUAUGCAAACUGUCAUUCUGCUUCAACAUGGUUCCCCUUUGUUUUCACUUGGCUUGGCCGGUUUUUCAAUAUGUUGUCAUUGACAAGUUUAAAUUUCAUUUAUGAAGAAUGUGAUUUAGUAACAACUGUGUGUUCGCAAGAACCUACUUGAAGUUAUCUGACUCUGUUGUGAAGAUGGACUCAAGCAAGAGAUUUCAUUUUAUAUCAACGUACAAAAAUGUAAUGGUAAAAAUAUUAUAUCCCUUUUGAAAUAAUAUACACCAAAGUGCUUUGUUUAUACACAAGUGACUCCUCAGUAUAUUAGAUUCAAGCCAAAUGCACAAAGCUUGCUUUGUGGAAACUACCCUAUAGCAUCAUACUGACAUCAGACAAGCUGUCACACACUUCAGUGAGUGUGUGUGUGUGUGUGUGUGUGUCUGUGUUUUAUCUAUGUAAUGUUCACUAUGGAUUGUUGUAGAUGUUUGUGGGACAUUCAUUCAGUUUCAGUACAUGACAUUACCACAUCAAAAUACACUAAAUGUAAUGAGUAAAAGGAAUUUGGUCCAUAUUAUUGUGAGUGUGUGCUUAGUAUUUUAUUUUUUAUUUCAUCUCAACUUCCAUCAUGUCUUUUGACAAACUAUUGUCAUAUACACACUGUUUUGUAUGUUACUGUGUACAUGAAUAUUUUACUUUAUAAUGGGACCAAAUUAAAAGUUUGGGCGCAGUAAGGGUAAA